UGGGUGGGAGAGACAAUUCACAGUUUCUACUACAACAUCAAACAAUCUCACAAAAAAAAAAGGCUUUAAGAACCUAUCUAGUGUCGUUUUCAUAUCUUAAAGCAAAAUGGCGUCCAACCAACAGAGCUACAGAGCUGGUGAAACCAGAGGCAAGGCCCAGGAGAAGACUGGACAAGCUAUGGGAACAAUGAGGGACAAGGCUGAGGAAGGCAGGGACAAGACUCAAGCCACUGCUCAAUCUGCAAAAGAUAAGACUUCUCAAACAGCGCAAACGGCCCAACAGAAGGCUCAUGAGACGGCCCAGGCGGCAAAAGAUAAGUCAUCUCAAACCGCACAAACGGCCCAACAGAAGGCUCAUGAGACGGCCCAGGCAGCGAAAGAUAAGACAUCUCAAACUGCUCAGACUGCCCAACAGAAGGCCCAUGAGACGACUCAAGCAGCAAAAGAAAAGACUUCUCAAGCCGGCGACAAAGCUCGCGAGGCGAAAGACAAGACAGGGAGCUACCUGUCGGAGACAGGCGAAGCCAUAAAGAACAAGGCUCAAGACGCUGCUCAAUACACAAAGGAGACCGCUCACGGUGCGGCUCAGUACACAAAAGAGACGGCUGAAGCUGGUAGAGACAAGACCGGUGGGUUCUUGAGCCAGACCGGUGAGCAAGUGAAGCAAAUGGCGAUGGGUGCAGCUGAUGCGGUGAAGCAUACCUUUGGGAUGGCUACAGAGGAAGAAGACAGAGAGCAUUUCCCAGGAAGUACUACGACCACUACUGCUACUACUCGGACCACUGAUCCGAGUCAUCAGACUUACCAGAGGAAGUGAGCUAGAGAGAACAAUUUGAAAGUUUAUUUUAAAAGUUUGUUGGUCUUUUGAAUUCUGUGUUUUGUUUUUUUGUAAUUUCCGUUUCGUCUUUGUGUUUGUGAUUACGUUGUGCAUCUUGUUGUGACGGUGACCCUGGAGACUUCUAAUUUCCAGCCAAAAUUAUAAGUUUUAGAUUUGAUCCCGUCUACAACAACUUUCUGUGUCCUGUAUUUUUGUUGAAGUAAUAAACAGCUAUUAAUACA